UAUUUCCGGCUAUCCUAUCAUGCAUUUUACAUAUGGAAGACAACACUGUCGGAGGAGCGCUUUAUACAUUCCUGUUUGUCAUUGGCGUUGCACGAUGUGGCUGUUCCAGGCUGUUCCCUGCUGUUCCCUGCUGUUCUCUUGUGGAAGCCUGCCUCGCGUAACAACAUAUAUCGACAUUUAUAAAGAAGGGAAUCGAGCUUGAACAGCUCCACAACAGUCCACAACUUGCUGGUCAAGUUCCUUCUCUGUCUUUUCUGAUUCCGCUUGUUUGCAAAACGCAAUAUCUGACUUUGCCGUUACUAUGCAUUUCAAUAAAUUAGUUGUUUAUCUGUUCCUUGGGAGUGUCUCGAGUGCGGUAAGCGCACCGCCGCGAUGUGUCGACCAAAACUCCCUCUUCCAAGUCAACAAGAGGCAUCAGCGAGAGGUCAAAUGCACAAGCUCCUCUACUCAAGUGGUCGUACCGGUUGAGAGUCUUGCGGCAACGGAGGCUCUGGAUGAUGGUUGGGUACUGGUGCCUCGUCCGACUCCGGGACAAGAUCCAGCACCAACAACGUCGGAGCCAGAGCACCACGAACCACAUCCCGCGGAUCCAACGACACUUCCCGAGCCACAAUACUCCUCUGCACCGGGGGAAAUAUCCUUGGGGAAAAGACCCAAGCUGAUCACGGUCAAUUCAGUUCUGAUUCAUAUUCUUUCAUAUUUGUGGAGAGGUUCAUUCAACACACAAGGCAUAUAUGACCACACGGCGUGAACCCAUCCUUGUGAUGAUUCAUAACUUCAGAGCUGAUGGAGUGAAGGUCAUGUGUUGGGUGAAACCAUAUGUAUAUGGAUGCAUAGGGAUCUGGCAAGAGCGGGAACACGAGAAUUACUGAU